UGCUGCUGUGACUGCAAAAGCAGUGGUUGGUUACAUGUUGGUGGAAGGAGUACCAUCAGAUCCACUUGAGGGACCCAGAGGGAUGGAGCAAUCCGCUUUGCUGAGCAGUCUCCUGGGUCUGUGUUGGUGUCUGCACUCAGUCUCAGCCCUGGUCGACGCAGACGAUGUCAUAACAAAGGAGGAGCAAAUCUAUCUACUGUUCGAAGCCAAACAGACGUGCGAGAGGUCUCUCAGAGCGAGGGCCGAGGGGAGCCGAGAUGGUAUUUGCUCGCCCGAGUGGGAUGGCAUUGUGUGCUGGCCAGCUGGCACCCCCAACGACAUCAUCUCAGUCCCAUGCCCUGAGUACAUUUAUGACUUCAACCACAAAGGACAGGCGUAUCGCAAGUGCGACACACACGGGAACUGGGAGCUGGUCGUUGCCUUGAACCGAACGUGGGCCAAUUACACAGAGUGCACUAAGUUCCUGAUGCCCGAUUACCAGCACCAGAAGGAAGUGUUUGAUCGCUUGCACCUGAUGUACACCGUGGGUUACUCCGUGUCCCUGGUCUCCCUCCUCGUUGCCGUCUUCAUACUCAACUACUUCAAGCGGCUCCACUGCACCAGAAACUUCAUCCACACCCACCUGUUCGCAUCCUUCAUCUGCCGCGCAGUCAGCAUCUUUGUCAAAGACGCGGUGGUCUACUCCGAGUCCUCGGUGGAUGAGAUCGACAGGUUCCGAGUGGAAGAUUUAAAGGGUGACCUGGAGCCCGGAGUCAGGCCCCAGUUUGUUGGCUGUAAGGUAUCUGUGACUGUUUUCCUGUACUUUCUUGCAACCAAUCACUACUGGAUCCUGGUGGAGGGCCUGUAUCUGCACAGCCUGAUAUUCAUGGCUUUCUUAUCGGAUAAGAACUAUCUCUGGGCACUAACUCUGAUAGGCUGGGGAGUGCCAGCUGUUUUCGUGGCUGUGUGGACCAGUGUCAGAGCAUCGCUGGCAGACACUCAGUGUUGGAACCUCAGUGCUGGGAACUUAAAGUGGAUUUACCAGGUGCCUAUCUUGGUUGCUAUUCUGGUGAAUUUCUUUCUCUUCCUAAAUAUUGUCAGGGUUUUGGCAUCUAAACUUUGGGAGACAAAUGCUGGGAAGCUGGAUCCUCGACAGCAAUACCGAAAGCUGCUGAAGUCUACCCUUGUGCUCAUGCCUCUUUUCGGUGUCCAUUAUGUGGUCUUCAUGGCAAUGCCCUACACAGAUGUCUCUGGGAUUCUUUGGCAAAUCCAAAUGCAUUACGAGAUGCUCUUCAAUUCCUCUCAGGGCUUUUUUGUCGCUUUCAUCUACUGUUUCUGCAACGGAGAGGUUCAAGCAGAGAUAAAGAAAGCUUGGCUGCGGCGCAACUUAACUCUGAAUUUUAGGCAGAAAGCACGUGCGGGCAGCAGCUGCUAUUAUGGAGGGGUGACCUCUCACGCCACUAACAGCGUCAGCACUACAAUGGGCACCAAGGCUGUGCCCGCCCUGCACUUCAGUGCCAAGCAUAGAGUGCUGCCUGUGCACUCCAUCAGCCACCUGCCUGGUUAUGUACCCAGCACGUCCCAGUCAGACAACUCCCUGCCCUCACCUAUCCUGAAGAGCAACACAAGAAUACACGAGGAGCAUUCCCCAAAUAAGGACCAGGAGAUUCCGAGGACUCCUCCCAACGUCGAGGGGGAAACUAUUAUGUAAAGAAAAAAUUGUAUUAAGUCAUGUGUCU